AUAUCUAUUUCCGGUUUGCCUGCCAAGUCGAAAACUGCUACUACAGUGCUUAUUUGCUCUUCAAAUGUGUCAACUUGACUUUCAUCGUUAGAUUUGCAUCAUCUCUACUCGUAUGUGUCCCUAAGAGAGCAUAGAUAAUGUCGUGGAGACGCCUGCCUUUGCACCUUCUCAGGAGGGGUGCCUCCUCUUCAACAUGUGCGGCCACUGUGGAUUUUGUGCCCGUGAGUCGCCCGAUAGAUCCCACAGACCUGGAGCGGCUUCAGGAGUUCGUGUCGCAGGCGCGAAGACUGUUUGUCAUUACGGGUGCUGGACUUUCCACCGAGUCGGGAAUUCCAGACUACCGCUCAGAAGGAGUCGGUCUUUACGCACGGACUGAUCGUCGGCCAAUGCAACACAUGGAAUUUGUGCGCAGUGCCAAAUCACGGCAGCGCUACUGGGCGCGCAACUACAUGGGAUGGCCACAGUUCUCCUCUCAUCGCCCGAACUCUGCCCAUGUGGCUCUGCGCGACUGGGAGGCUCAAGGGAAGGUGCACUGGCUAGUGACUCAGAAUGUGGACGCCUUGCACUCAAAAGCCGGCCACCAGCACCUGACAGAGCUGCAUGGGUGUUUACAUAGGGUGGUGUGCUUAGGUUGUGGAAGCCUUUCCCGUCGGGAGGACCUCCAGAGUCGCUUCAACGAGAUGAACCCUGGCUGGGCGGCCGAGGCAGGUGGAGUGGCCCCGGACGGAGACGUCUUCCUGGAGGACGAACAGGUGCUACACUUCAGGGUGCCCUCGUGCCAGAGCUGCGGAGGCAGCCUCAAGCCAGAGGUCACCUUCUUUGGGGACACCGUUGACCGCUCGACCGUGCAGCUUGUGCACGACCGGCUGGCCGAGUCAGAUGCCUUACUGGUGGCUGGAUCCUCUCUCCAGGUAUAUUCAUCGUACCGUUUCCUUCUGGCUGCCAGUGAGAAAAAGCUACCUGUUGCCAUCCUGAACAUUGGUCCCACCAGGGCAGAUCACAUAGCCCAGUUUCGAGUGAGUGCCCGCUGUGGGGCUGUGUUGCCUGCUAUACUGCCCUGUUGACUUCUCCACACUCCGCCUCGGAGCAAGAACCUGAAACUUUGACUGCUGUUUUGUGUCAGUCAGACACAACGUCACAAAGGAAACAAAUUGGCUUUUUUUAACCCCACACUCCUCUCAGGUUACAUUGGAGACUACACUAGAUUAGCAUUGUGCAGUGGGAUCUGUUAUCACAAAUGGGGAUGAAAUUGCCUUGAACAUUACCUCAAAGACAGUUGAAUAACAAACUUAUUUUACAGAUUUCUUCUACAUUUACCUUAUUUUAUGUUUUUUAACUGGAUCUAUGUCUGAGUGGAGGACAGAAAGUAGCAACAUUUCAAACUUGACUUGAUAUGGACACCAUAAUUGUGUAUAUCCAGCUAUGAAAUACUGUAUUUUGAGACAUUCAUUGGUCAUAAAUGUUAAGAUGGUGCUCUUCUUGAAUGUGCAAUAAAAUAGGGUUCGAAGUAAGUACGUAGGAGUACGUUUUUAAUUCCUGGAAAUGUAUCAAUGCAAGAUGAAAUAAAGAAAUUUACAUAAUCCA